AGAGAGUAUUUUGGACCCUGGAAAUAAUCUGAUAACGAGGCUGUCAUCAGAUUAGAUGAACGCUAGACAAGAUUAGAUUUUGAGACAUCACGCUAGUUUCGAACCCCGGCAAUCCCCGAGCCACAACGCUGACGAGCAUCUUGACUGCUCAUUCUUCUAAAGUUGGAAGCUGCUUCUGGCCCUCCAUCUUUCGUCUUAACAACAACUCAUCUCAAGUCUUACUCCGUCCGCCCUGGUAUGGUCGGCUAAUUUGUCUCUGAAGAAUUAUUCCAAGCCAUGGCGGCCGAUUUCAUUGGCGUCAACGUCUUUCUCACGCUCAAGCAUCCACCAAACACUCAGCUCGAGGGUCUCGUCGCUGACGUAGCUGGACAGCAGCUUACCUUACGAGAUGUCUAUGUCCCGUCCCUGAGACAACACUUCCAGGAAUACCGGGUCGAAGGUUCUGAAAUUGAAGAUUUAGAGGUUGCUCCUCGUGGUCGAGCUUCUAUACAGAGUCAUCCGCCGACUGUACUGCCCCAGCAAACAUCUACUCCAGCCGGCCCACCGGCUUCGCGACAUGCUCCCGUUCCGCACGCCUCAACGGUUCAUCAAGUCCCUCAUGGGGCUCCAUUAGCCCCUUUAUCCGUGCAGAUACCGAAAGCCGCUGCGGCUCCUCAACCAAAACCUUUUGUUGAUCCCGCCAUCCUAAGCUUUUCGAAACGUCCAGAACCAGCGACUUCUUCUCCAAUCGUUCCCGCACAUCAACAUGCGUCACAUACUCCUUCAGAGCUUCUGGGUACACCAGUCCAUGCCACUCCCUCGCCGACGGCCUUCCAAAGUGUGGCCCGACCAUAUGCAGGUGCCGGGCAAGCCCAAGAAAAUCUGCCAACCAGAACAAGUGCAAUGAGCCGACAGGCUGGGCUUUUGGCUGGUGGUAAUGCGUCUCCAGCAUUGAGCAAUCAGAUUUCUGUCCAGGACAUGGUCAGAAAAGCAGCACCUCAGCGGGCACUUUCCUCAAAGACGAAUGAUGUUGAAUCACCUGUUGGGAUAGCAAACUCGCUCAAUGGACUUGACAUCAAUGGCACAGCGGGCGGCUUUGAUCAUGCUGCAAACCCAUCUACUACUUCAGGUUUUGCUGGUUCAGUUCCUGCUAAAAGGGAUACUUCAAGCAAACGGCCUAAGAAGAACGGGCGUGUCAACAUCCGUAAAGAGUCUGUGAUUCCGAACGACCCAAGCAUUGUAAACGUUAUUGAGACAACCACGGCUGCCUCCGAGGAUGGCGACUUCAAAUCAACCGGCUGGCGACAAACUUCUUUCACCGAGACCAUUGAUGUUUCUGAAAAACCAUCACUUGGACCUCUUAGUGGAAGCACCCCACGCUCAGCCAAGAAGCGCAAUCGACGCAAGCCGAAGAAGAACAUGGACGAAACGGACGGCUGGGCAACGGAAGAGGCUACGGACAUCCAAGGAAUGGGCGAGUUUGAUUUCGCUGGAAAUUUAUCCAAAUUUGAUAAGCGUUCCGUGUUUGAUCAAAUCCGAAAUGAAGACACAACGGCCGACGAAGACCGUCUCGUGAGCUUCAACAAAAUCCAAGCAAAGCCCUUGACGGCUGGGGGAAAGAACUAUCAUCCAACAGAAAAUGUUCUAGACCGACCCAAAUCCGACGGCUUCGACGACUGGGACAGUGACAGUCUGAGCGAAGAAGACGAGGUGACCGACGAAGUCGAGGACCCAGGGAUCCGUAGCGGAUCCAGAAGUUCUCGUCGCAUGCGUCGGCUCUCAUCUCGAAAAGGUAGCGCGGCAAUCCCUGCUUCGAUUUCCUCGUCCCAUCUUCCCCCAAGAUCUCUUAGCAAUCGCGGCCACUAUUCUUCCCCUCACGGCGCAACUACAGGGAGCCCAAGACCCGGUUCCGGCCGCGGCCGUUCACCAUCCGCCUCUCCCUUUCCCCUCGGCGCAGCUGCCAAACUAUCCCUCCAUAUUUCUGAUUCAAACCGGAGCUGUCCAACUGUGAGCCCUCUGCAAAUGCUGGAAGUCGAACAGGUGGCCGAACAAGAACUUGGACUCUCUGAGGACAUGGUUGCGGAAAACGCGGCGCGCGGCAUUGCCGAAGUUGCACUAUCGAUUCUUAGCCCUGGCGGAAAGCGACUCGCGGCACAAUAUGACAACCACAAUGCCAGUCCAGUGGCCGUUGUCCUUGCGGGCAAUCACAAGAGCGGUGCCCGAGCUAUUGCCAGCGGUAGACAUCUCCGCAACCAUGGCGUCCGUGUGGUGUGCUGCGUCAUCGGGCUCGAGCGCGAAUCUGAACUGCUUGAUAGCGUGAGACGACAAUUGAACAUUUUCCGCAAAAUGGGUGGGAAAGUCACUCGUUCCGAACGUUUGCAUGCACGCCUCAAGGCUCUUGAUGCGCCACCCGAGCUCAUCAUCGAUGCUAUGCUCGGCGUUCAUAUUCCGUUUGACGAACUUCGCGCAGACGACCAAGCUGUUGCAUUUGAAUUCAUUCAAUGGGCAAAUCGCAGCAAGGCGAGUGUUUUGUCAGUGGAUAUUCCUACUGGUAUUGAUGGUUCUACUGGUAAGUCCUUCUCUUUUUUCUCUCCUCAUGCGAGUAAGAUGUCUACAGAGACGGUUACUGAUAUCACACUGUUUUAGGAGCCAUCUCACUUGUCCACAAUGAACCGCUCUGCAUUCGCGCAAAGUUUAUCGUCGCUCUGGGAGCUCCCAAGACCGGUCUACUUA